AUGCCGGGGCAGGUGCCUGUAGAGGGCGAUCUACAUCAAGAUGACUCUCGAAUAGCAACGCCUCGAGCUGACGCUUGUGGUUCAAACACGUCGCAAACAGACAGCCCACCACAGACGCCAGGUGCUUCUGGUGCGUCGCCAAAGCAAGUGACAGAGAUGGAUAGGCAGAGUCAUGAACUUGGUACCGAUCAUCAAAAGAAUCGGUGCGAGGCAUCAGGCGAUGCUGAUGAUACUUUGUCGACGGCUGUGUCUGAUUCUCAUGAGCCAGCGUUCCAUGAGACUUGUUUGCUGGCAAGCGUCCAGGAUAUCAUGAAAAAAGACUCAGCGAGCGCAAUGGCAGUGAGUCGGACACAUAUCGCGCUCGGUACGCAGUCUGGCAUGAUCUAUGUGUUAUCGCACUCGGGCCAUCUCGAAAAGGGAUUCCGCUUCCACUCUGCACCAGUGCUUGAUCUUGUGUUCGAUACAUCGGGUGAGUUUGUUGGCAGUGCUGGUAUGGACGGCAUUGUGGCCAUUGCCUCGCUCACAACGUCUGAACAGUAUCAAUUUGACCACCAACGUCCGAUGCGCACGAUUGCUUUGGAGCCGCACUUUGCCAGUCGAUCAAGCCGUGCGUUUGUAUGUGGCGGCAUGUCCGGGGUGCUCGUGUAUCGGGAGAAACGCUGGUUCGGCUACCGAGAUAUGGUGAUCCACAGCGAUGAGGGGCCCAUCUGGACGACAGCCUGGCGCGGUCAUUGGCUUGCAUGGGCGACGGACCGUGGCGUGCGUGUGGCAAAUGCAACAACGCACGAUAUGAUUACCAUGAUUCCAACGCCUCAAGGAUCGCCGCGCGCGGAACUGGCACGCUGUUCCCUUGUAUGGCGAGACUCCCACACGCUUCUGAUAGCACAUGGCGAUACUAUCACGGUCGCCAGCAUCAAGACUCGUGAGUCCACCACGGCGGACGACGAGAUCCGUGCUGUGAUCCCCGGCAUGCCGACAUUCGCAGGCCUUGUGACAGGUCUUAACCGGCAGGCACCAGAGCCGUCUGAAUAUGUUGAGAUCACGGACAUUUUUCAACUCGACUGCGUCGUUGCAGGGAUGGCUUGUACGCCAGACUACAUGGCCACGCUUGCGUAUGUGUCGGACGGUACAGCAUGCCAAGCGCCAGAGCUUCGCUGUGUCAACUCGCAGGGGGAAGAGCUCAGCAGCGAUGUACUGGAGGUGGUGUAUGAAGGCCGGUAUCGAUGCAAUGACUUCCAUAUGAAGAUGAGCGUCGAGUGGAAAUACGACCCUGUCGUCCAGCAAGAGACACGUCGGCCCGUCUUUUACGUCGCCUCGCCUCGCCAGAUCAGUGUGCUGCGCCCGCGUGACGAGCGCGACCACAUUGAAUGGCUGCUGGAGCAUGAUGAGUACCGUAGAGCACUCGAGGCGCUCGAAGCGUUAGGCAGUGCGCCGGCAAAAGCCAUGGGCUUUGAUGUCGCAGCUAUUGGGCGCGAGUACCUUAUGUACCUGAUUGACGAGCAGGAUGAUUAUGCGGGGGCUGCUGCAUUGCUGCCUCUGCUACUCCGAUCUGACAAGGCGGCGUGGGACUCAUUCGUGCUCCUGUUUCUUGAGAGGCAUCAAGUCGAGACGAUCCUACCUUUCAUUCCGACACAAGACCCUGAGCUCAGUGAGGUCGUCUACGAUCUUGUCCUUGUGCAUCUCUUGCAGGAGAACCAGGCGCUUUUACUAGCCACAUUGACCACUUGGCCAAGUCAUCUGUACUCGACGCAAGCAGUAGCUGCUGCGAUCCACGACAAGGCACGCAACAGCCGUAUGCUGCUCGAGUGCCUCGCACAGCUGUACAUGGCAGAUCGGCAGCCGGGAAAGGCACUUCCAUACAUGAUUCAUCUGCGGGAUGCGUCCGUAUUUGCCCUGAUCCGCGAGCACAACCUACUUAUCGAUGUCCAGCACAGAAUCGGUACCCUUGUUGAGCUCGAUCAGGAACUGGCCGGCACAAGCGAGCCGCGGCACAGCGUUUUGAUGCCUUUGCUCGUCCAAUAUACCCAUUCGAUCCCUAUUGAGCGUGCAAUGCAACAACUGCAACCAUAUCCCUGGUACGAGUUUCUAUACCUGCAUGCGCUCUUUGAGCGCGAUGCAUCCCUAGUGACGAAUUAUGCGCUCGAUCUUUUGCGUCUAUAUUGUCGCUACGACUAUGCCAAGUUGAUGCCGUUUCUCCGCUCCAUGAGCUCCGUAUACUCGCUGAAAGAGGCGUAUGCAGUGUGUGAAGCACACAACUACGUGCCAGAGAUGGUAUUUCUCCGCGGACGCUCAGGCGACUUGCGCGGCGCUUUGCAGCUGAUUCUCGAACGGCUGCGUGAUGUUGAAAUGGCCAUUGAGUUUGUGCGGCAGCAGGACGAUAGUGAGCUUUGGGAAUCGCUUCUUGCCUACUCGGACAACAAGCCAGAGUUUAUCCGCGGUCUCCUUGAGCAUGCCAGCGGUGAGAUUGAUCCCGUGCGCAUGAUCCGUCCUAUUCGGCACGGCCUUAUCAUCCCAGGCUUGCGCUCAGCCCUCAUCAAGAUCUUCACAAACUUUCAUCUGCAGCACUCGCUCUUCUGUGGUGGCCUCGCAGUCCUGGAGCGUGACGCACACGAGCGUGGCAUGCAGUACUAUGCCUCUCUACAAACAGCACUCGCCUGCGACGCUCACACGCCUUGUGCUAUGUGCCACGAACCUUUGCUUCAGCUGUCGGAGUAUGCGUCGUACAAGCCACUUGUUCUGUAUUUGUGUUCGCAUACAGCGCAUCGUGCAUGUGUGACCAAAACGCGCCCAGACUCUGCCUGCCUGCGUUCGAGCGCCUAUGCUGCGGUGCCUUUGCAUGCGACAACAACAGACAUGUACAAUCGGUCGAGAGCUUCCACCUGGUUCGGUUCCGCACCUACCGAGCUCACGGUAGCCUCUCAUGCAACCAACGACGACAAGCUCAAGCUCUCAGGCAAACAGGCCAUGUUGGAACGAGCUGAUCGAGACGCAUGGAUCGAGAAUCGUCAGCUGUAUCGCCUGGAUGUAGGCCUGCAUGGAUGCCCUAUCUGUGCACGCGCGUAUCGCGAGCGUCUCUCGGAUGAAAGCUGCGUGGAUUCCCUGUGA